UGAAAUUGAAGGACGCCGUGUGCUGUGCUGAAGAUGGAAGCGCCAUUGUCGGUAGAAGAGUGCAUACGAAGUUCUAUGGGGUCCGCGAAGACCAAAUUAGAGCCCCACUUUGGAAAUCUUCUUCCUCAACUUUCAUUCUUUAAUUCCGUCCCCUGUUCCUUUUCUGUAUCAGCAUUUUCUUUUAGGGUUUUUCUCCCAACUCCACUCAAUCUUCUUCCAAUGGAAUAUAUUCUUCUUUUCCCCCAAUUGAUCUGCCACCAUUCUUUUCUAGAUCGCCAAGUGAGAAGCCAAAUGGGCAAAAGGAAAAAGAAAGAUAAAGCAACAGUUGAUGUUCCAUUUUGCUUGGUUUUCAAACCCCCUUCUCUCUCAUCUCCAAUUCUCCUUCUCCUCUUUUUGUUUGCGCAAGUCAUGCUACUUUCUCUAAUCAAGAACCAGCAGCAGCAGGCGCAGAAGAUCGGAGAGGAACACUAAGAUGGAAUCUGCUACUCUUAAUAGAAUAAUCAAUAAAUUGCUUGAGGUCGGGAGCAAAUCGGGGAAGCAGGUGCCGCUUUCUGAGACUGAAACUACUCAGCUAUGCUUGUCCUCGAGGGAUAUUUUCUUGAGGCAACCGAAUCUCUUGGAAAUUGAAGCACCAAUCUAUAUAUGCGGGGAUAUCCAUGGCCAGUAUUCUGAUCUUCUAAGGCUUCUGGAAUAUGGUGGAUUACCUCCUCAAUCAAACUACUUAUUCUUGGGGGACUAUGUUGAUCGUGGAAAGCAGAGCUUAGAAACAAUUUGCCUCCUCCUCGCAUAUAAAAUAAAAUAUCCUGAAAACUUUUUCCUUUUGAGGGGCAACCAUGAAUGUGCAUCUGUAAACCGAAUCUACGGGUUUUAUGAUGAAUGUAAACGGAGGUUCAACGUUAAACUCUGGAAAGUAUUCACAAACUGUUUCAACUGUUUACCUGUGGCUGCUCUGAUUGAUGAGAGGAUACUCUGUAUGCACGGCGGGCUGUCUCCUCACCUCGACAAGUUGGAUCAAAUUAGAAAUUCAAAGCGUCCUACUGAUGUUCCAGAAAGUGGUUUGCUGUGUGAUCUUCUCUGGUCCGACCCAAGUCUAGAUGCACGGGGCUGGGGGCCCAAUGAUAGAGGGGUUUCAUACACCUUUGGUGCAGAUCGAGUAAUCGAGUUUCUUCGGAAGCAUGAUCUCGAUUUGAUUUGUAGAGCUCACCAGGUCGUGGAGGACGGGUACGAGUUUUUUGCAAAUAGAAAGCUUGUAACGAUAUUUUCUGCUCCCAACUACUGCGGAGAGUUUGACAAUGCCGGUGCAAUGAUGCACGUGGAUGAAAACUUAAUGUGUUCUUUCCAAAUACUAAAACCUGCUGAGAAGAAGCCAAAGUUUGGGUUUGGCAGCAUAUCGUCUGGAAGGCUUGGCGGUCCUGCAAAGGUAAAGUCGUUUCUUGGUGCGAUUGGGUGAAACUUCCACCAUUUUGUGUUCCAGAGAUAGAGAUAGUUUACUUUGUGGGAUGAUUUUUGAUCUGCUGAGGUUUCAGAAGGCUGUCCAAACUUCUUCUUCCAAUUGUGUAAAGUGAGUUUCGUGAUGUAUUCUAAUGUAAUGACUAGUGAGGAUGAAUAUGUUUUGUUAUCUACACUGAAAUAUAUCAUCUCAUACGGCUUUUCUCCUCAAUGUAACAACAAACACUAUGUACUUAUUUAGAAACGGAUCCUUUUUUCAUAUA